GCUCUCUCACAGUGUGUAUGUGUGUGUGUUGUCAUUAUUAUCCACUCUGCUCCCAGCUCAGAAUGGCCAGAUUCACUCAGACUGAAACAAGAAGGCAGCACCAUCCACAGCAGCCCCAGCCCGCUCACUCCAGCCUGGUUUUCACCGGACCGGGGGUACCACCGAUCCAGCAACCACUGCUCCUUAUCCCACAUCAGCACCAGUACCCUCAGAUCACAUUUCCGAAACCCAUGAACGGGACAGAACCCAUUUCCAUUCAUCCGGAGAACGGCAACAUGAAAGACCAAGAUGCCAUUAAGCUGUUUAUCGGGCAGAUACCGCGGAACUUGGAGGAAAAAGACCUGAAACCCCUGUUUGAACAGUUUGGGAAAAUCCACGAACUGACAGUCCUCAAGGACCGAUACACCGGCAUGCACAAAGGUUGUGCAUUCCUCACCUAUUGUGCCCGAGAGUCGGCCAUCAAAGCCCAGAACGCCCUCCACGAACAGAAAACACUUCCAGGGAUGACUCGCCCCAUCCAGGUGAAACCGGCUGACAGCGAGAGCCGUGGAGAAGACAGGAAGUUGUUUGUUGGGAUGCUGAACAAACAGCAGACCGAGGAGGAUGUUUACCGCCUCUUCGAACCCUACGGAGUCAUCGAGGAGUGCACGGUCCUAAGAGGUCCUGACGGAAACAGCAAAGGUUGCGCAUUUGUCAAGUUCUCCACACAUACUGAGGCUCAGUCUGCAAUCAGUGCCCUCCACGGUAGCCAGACCAUGCCAAUCUUCUGUUUCUCUCUCGACCCUCAGGGUGCGUCCUCCAGCUUGGUGGUCAAGUUUGCCGACACAGACAAGGAGCGCACCAUCAGACGUAUGCAGCAGAUGGUUGGGCAGUUUGGCAUCUUCAACCCAGCCAUUGCCCUCCCCUUCAGCACCUACAGCUCUUACGCACAUGCGCUCAUGCAGCAGCAGGCAGCCAUCAUGGCAGCAAGCCACGGAGGUUACCUCACGCCCAGCAUGGCCUUCCCCGCCACACAGAUCCACCAGAUGGGGGCGCUCAACAUCAACAGCCUCCAACACAACCCCAUGAACCCGAUGUCGAGUGAGUUCCAUCAAACACUGGGCCUCAGCUCUCCACCAGCCAACAUCACCACCUCCGUGCCCAGCCUUGUCUCGCCCCUCGUCAACGGGUUCACCGGGAUCCCCCAUCAGCCCAACGGACACCCCGCUGUGGAGGCUAUGUACACCAACGGCCUGCCGCCAUACUCCACCCAGAGCCCCUCCGCUGCUGACACCCUCCAGCAAGCAUUCACUGGAGUACAGCAAUACACAGCAAUCUACCCCACCACCACGCUGACUCCCAUUGGCCAGACACUGCCCCAUCAAGCCCAGGUCAUCCAGCAGCAGCAGCAGCAGCAGCAGAGAGAAGGUGAGGGUCCGGAGGGCUGCAACCUGUUCAUCUACCACCUGCCACAGGAGUUUGGAGACAAUGAACUCAUGCAGAUGUUUAUGCCUUUCGGCUCCGUCAUCUCCUCCAAGGUCUUCAUGGACCGGGCCACCAACCAGAGCAAGUGCUUCGGUUUCGUGAGCUUCGACAACCCUGCUAGUGCACAGGCAGCUAUCCAAGCCAUGAACGGCUUUCAGAUCGGGAUGAAGAGGUUGAAAGUCCAGCUAAAGAGACCGAAGGAUGCCAGCCGCCCUUACUGACAAAGCCUACCUUCAGUAUUCAUUGCAGCAGCACAGGUUUUAGAGGACACGUGAAGAUAUCUCGGAGGUGUUACACUUUUUUUCUUUGAGCGCAAAAUAUGUUUUAAAAAAAUCAACACAUAAGGAAUUUUUGAAGACAUAUCAGCAUUUACUUAUGAAGCUAUAGGUUACGGCAGAAAAGAAGAAGAUGCAAGAGAAGAGGAGACGCUUCACCGGGGGACUUAACAGUAA